AGAACCCCUUACACGUUGUUAACAUCGAACCCGAAUAUCGAGUCCGAGGCGACAUUGUUCCUCGACGCUGUCUGCUUCAUACCAUUUCAAUGCUGUCGCCAAUCGACCGAUAAACAUCGCGCUUGAGACCGCAAUCUACUCUGUUUACAUCCCGCGCAGUCGGGUCAACACCACCGAAACUGAUGAUUUCCUCCUGGCCUGAUUGAAAACACUCAUUAAGAAGAAACAUGGCGUUCGUCAUAACAUACCUGUACACCACGAUCGCACGCUGACCAUGUUUCCAGUACCGCCGCCAUGAACAGCGGAGGAGGGGGCAACAACAUCAAAGUUGUUGCCCGUUUCAGGCCUCAGAAUAAAGUCGAAGUAGCGAAUGGAGGUCAACCAAUUGUCCAGUUCUCCGGCGAGGACACCUGCCAGCUUCAGUCCGCCGAAACCAAUGCACCCUUCACCUUCGACCGAGUCUUUGACAUGUCUUCUCAACAAGCCGAUAUCUUCGAUUUCUCUAUACGAUCGACCGUCGAAGAUGUUAUGAAUGGUUACAAUGGCACGGUCUUUGCCUACGGCCAGACCGGCGCAGGAAAGUCUUAUACAAUGAUGGGUGAUAUGGACGAUUCAGAUAAGAAAGGUAUAAUACCACGAAUCACUGAACAAAUUUUCGACGCCAUCCUGGUUCAUGGUUCGGCGCAGAUCGAGUAUACUGUGGGCAUUUCGUACCUGGAAAUUUACAUGGAGCGGAUACGAGAUCUGUUGAAUCCGGUCAUGGACAAUCUGCCCAUCAAUGAAGGUCCCAAGGGUCCGUACGUCAAGGGCCUACGAGAAAUAUACGUCAAUACCGUGGAGGAAGUGUACACCGCCAUGCACCUGGGUCAGCGAUCAAGAGUGACAGCAUCAACCAACAUGAAUUUAGAAUCGUCGCGAUCCCAUUCCAUAUUCUUGGUCACGAUAAACCAAAAAGACGUCAAUACUGGUUCGCAGAAGAGUGGUCUGCUCUAUCUUGUGGAUUUGGCAGGCUCUGAAAAGGUGGGCAAGACCGGCGCAACUGGUCAGACUCUUGAAGAGGCGAAAAAGAUCAACAAGAGUUUGAGUGCUCUUGGAAUGGUCAUCAACGCUUUGACUGAUGGCAAAUCUUCCCACGUUCCCUACCGAGACUCCAAAUUGACCAGGAUAUUGCAAGAAAGUUUGGGUGGUAAUUCAAGGACCACUUUGAUCAUCAAUUGUUCACCCAGCAGUUACAAUGAUGCAGAAACGGUCGGCACGUUACGCUUUGGUAUGAGAGCAAAGACAAUCAGGAACAAAGCCAAGAUCAAUGCUGUACUGAGCCCUGCUGAGUUGAAACGGCUCCUCAAGACUGCUCAGAAUCAAGCGAUGUCAUUCGAAAAGUACAUUGCGUCGGUGGAUUCCGAACUGUCCUUGUGGAGGAAAGGCGAGACGGUACCGAAAGACAAAUGGGUUGCACCUUUAGGUGGUUCAAAUUCCAGAUCAGAGCUGAGGACAAGACCCGACACGCCGUCUCGUGCCGCCUCGGAUCUUUUGAGAUCAGAGACACCAAGUAGACCUGAUUCACGAAUGGGUGAUAGAUCGAGCACGCCUAGUAUCAUCCUUGAAAAGGACGAGCGAGAAGAGUUUCUACGGCGAGAAAAUGAAUUACAAGAUCAACUUACGGAGAAGGAGACUCAGGCAGCUAACGCUGAGCGAAGUCUUCAAGAGCUACGAGAAGAACUGAAAUCCUACAGGGAAGGCACUUUGCGGACCACCAAGGACAAUGAAACCAUGGCUGAGAAACUCAACAAGACAGAACUGGAGCUGCAGAAACUAUCUUAUCAAAGCAAAGAGGAUUCCAUCACAAUGGAGAGCUUGAAAGACGCAAACACUGAACUGGAAACCGAGCUAGUGUCCGUCAAACAACAACUCUUGGAGCUUAAGAUGAGUGCCAAAGAGACUACAGCUGCACUUGACGAAAAAGAAAGCAAGAAGAAGGAGAAGAUGGCCAAAAUGAUGGCCGGCUUUGACUUGGGGGACAACGCAUUCUCUGAAAAUGAGAGUCGCAUGCGGGAUAUGCUUGAUCAAGUCGAGUCACUACAUGCUGCGAGCCUGAAUGGUGGGAAAGUCUCCGCAGACGUGCUGGAAGACUUGAGAUCCAAGUUAAUGGCAUCACGGGAUUUGGUACGGCAAGCCGAGACUUCCUUGAACGAGCGUACAGAGAACGAGUAUGAGGAGCGGACAAUUUCUCUGGAGGAGAAGCUGAGUGCGGUGCAACAAAAAUACGAAGAUCUAUUAACGCGCAAUCUGAGCCCGGAAGACGUGGAAGACGUCAAGAGCAGGCUUGAACAACUGUACGCCGAUCGCAAAGAGACGCAAACAGAGCUGGCGCAUGAUCUUAGAGACCAACUCACUCACAAGUCUGAAGAGAUUGAGAGGCUCCAAAAGUCUAUCAGUGAUUUGCAGUCUCGUGGGGGUGGACAACUACCGAAUGGCGUCGCCAGCAAAGGACUCCAACAACAAAUUGCCGAAUUCGAUCAGAUGAAGAAGAACUUGAUGCGAGACCUACAGAAUCGAUGCGAGCGAGUUGUGGAGCUUGAGAUCUCACUUGAUGAGACACGAGAACAAUAUAACAACGUGCUUCGGUCAAGCAACAACCGCCAACAGCAAAAGAAGAUGGCAUUUUUGGAGCGCAAUCUCGAACAGCUUACUGUCGUGCAGAGGCAGCUUGUGGACCAAAACACGAGCCUUAAGAAGGAAGUUGCUAUCGCAGAAAGAAAGCUCAUUGCUCGGAAUGAACGAAUUCUGAGUUUGGAGAGUCUGCUCAGCGAUAGCCAGGACAAAUUGACAGCUGCGAACCACAGGUUCGAACAACAACUCGCUGCAGUCAAAGAGCGUCUGGAGGCCGCCAAGGUGUCAUCCAAGAAUAUGGCCAUGGCCGGACCUGGCGGACCUGGUGGUUUCAACAGUCUCAUGAACGCCGGAGCCAGGAUAGCAAAGCCACUGCGUGGAGGAGGCGGUGCUCAAGGAAAUCUCGACGGCGCCAACGGUGCACCUGCGUUGCCUAUCAUCUCCAGCUUGACGGGUUCAGACAGUGGCAACAAACGAAGCAGUUGGUUCUUCAACACGGGUCGGUAAGGAGGAGUACAUAUAAUGUGAUUCCGAGGGCAAAGAUACUACGCUGCAUCUGUUUAUACCAUCAUGACUGCAAUCUGGCUUGGUCGUUGAAGCAUUCUGGAUGGCGUCGGCGUGGAUGUCUAACAGCGCCGGCUGUUUGACGUUGAACC